AUUUUUUCAAUCAGCUCCAGAACGACCGAAGCCCCAAAACCCCAACAUCGUUCCCCCAAAAUCGAAGAGGAGCUCCAAAAUCGAAGCCCUAAAAUCGAAAGACAUCGUCUACAUAAAAUCGAAGCCCCAAAAUCGUUCGUUUUUAUAAUCAAAAUCUUUCAAUUUUAAUCAGAUCCAGACCUAAAAAAACCCUAAGUACUGUUCAAAUCGAAGCCCCAAGUUAAACGAACGACGUUGUUUAAUUGUUCAAAUCGUUAUAGUCAAAAUCGUUAGUCAAAUCCAGAUUGUUCAAUUGUUUAUACUGUAUUCGUUUAUAGAGAAAGAAGCCAGUCAUGUUGAGGUCUUUGGUCUUGAAUUGGCUCUUGUGACCGUUGGAGGAGGGAAAGAACUUGAAGAAAAACUUGUGGUUACGGUGUAUAGGUUAAUUUGCAAAGAAACGGUAGAAGAAAUGAUUUUACACAGCUAGUCAGAAAAGUACCGUCCAGCAACUUGUCAUGACUGGUGGUCACAUACAGGGUGACAUAUUAGCUCCUGAAGAUGUUAUUUCUUUACUGAUUGAUGAUCCACAAAUGUUGCAGAAGCUAAAAGAAAUCCCAGCACAGAUGUAAUUGCUGGAUACUAAAGGUGAUGGAAGAUCAGCGUUCUUUCAAUAGCCCUAGAAGGACCCUUAGUUAUUCUAGAAACAGGGGAGCAACUUUCUCUGUAUUUGAAGCGGACAACAAGGCUUCUGGUGUCGGUGUUUCGGGAGAGCAUGGCCCUAACCCUUAUGAAGUUUAUGGAUUUGUAGGAGCCAUUUCAACAGUUGUUGCUACAGUUAUUUUCAUGAUAUGGGCAUACGUUCCUGAUCCUUGGUUGCAUUCUAUUGGGAUCUUCUACUAUCCUAGCAAGUAUUGGGCACUGGCGCUUCCAGCUUACGCCAUUGUGACAGCUGCAACUACCUUUCUAUUCUACAUUGGCCUCAACUUUAUGGCAACUCCACCCCCAACAUCCCUGAACUCGAUAUAUGAUGAAAACAGCAAAGAUCCUGUGUGCUUUGAUGCCGCAUUAGACGAAGAUGACAGACCCAUUGAACCUUACUCUGAUAUUGGAAUCGACCAGAUCAAUGAGCUAAUGUUCAAAGAUUGGAAAUAAUAUUUACCUCUCAGAUAUUUUGGUUGUUGGUAGAAGUAUUCAAUUGCAUAGUGGUAUAUCUUGGAGCACGUAUAUAUCAUUCCAUGCUAUUUAAGUUUUUUAAGUCUUUUGUGAUUGGCCUUGUUAUAAAUUUGGUCUGUUAACCUGUUGUCAUUGUAUGAUGCCAUCAUUGAACAAAUAACUGAUGUAUAGAAAAUUUUCACUGUUGUUAUGUUAGUUCUGUUAUAGAAUGAGAUUCUUGAGCUGAA